UGCCGCGCUGCUCGCUGGAGAGGCCGAGCAAGAAGGGAGGAGGAGGAGGAGGAGAGGAGAGGAGAGGAGAGGAAAGGAGCUUUUCCGGGGGGGGGCGGGGAGGGGUUUGCUUUUGCACGCAGAGGAGAAGGAGGACUGCGAAGAAGCAGCAGCAGCAGCCGGAUCGAUCCCGGUCAGGUUUCCUUCGAAGGGUGUUGUGCUGCUGCUCUUGGGCUCCUGAGGAGAGGGCGCGAUGGCAGCCAGCCUGGUGAAGGUGAACGGGACUGAGGUCUCCGUCGAGGACUCUGGCAAGACUGUCAUCAACGUCAACAUCUGCCAGGAGUCUUCGCUGUCCUACCUGGUCAAGGCCAUGGCAGCCGCAGGCCGGAAGAUGCCCAGACUGGGUCCUGCCCCCAAGACCCUGGAGUCUUCAGCCCCUGCCCCAUCCCCUGGAAGAGCCCCAUGCAACGGGGAGCAGAAAGUGCUGGGGGGGGCCCAGAUCCUGCUUGGAGUCAUGUGCUUUGGCCUCGGGGGAGUCCUCUGUCUCUUGAAUGACUAUAUCCCAAUGCGAUAUUCAGGGGCUCCUUUCUGGAUGGGGAGCCUGUUUGUGGUGUCCGGCUCCUUGUGUGUGGUGAGCGAGAGACGCGGGGGCUGCUGCUGGACCUUCCUCUCCAUCUUCUUCAACCUGGCCAGUUUUGUGGCUGGCUGUGUGGGCCUGGCAACAGGGGUAGCAGAGCUGCCCUACCUUCAUUACACGCCCUACUGGGUUAAUGAUGCGUGCAACAGGCAACGGGAUUAUUAUGGAUCAUGGCAGCCCACCCGGAGACCGGACGAUCUUGAGAGGGUGGAAAGAUGCAAGAACCGGAUGAUGAACCUGCUGAACAUUGUUAGCGGUGCUCAGAUCCUGCUGCUGAUUUUCUCUGUGGCCGCUCUGGGAAUCGCCCUCUUCUGCUUUGGAUACGGCCUGCGCGUUCUCUGUUGCACACCACGGGCUAACACUGAGGACCACAUCACAGUUGGGGAUCUGGAAGCCCCCCUGACAGAAGUGCCCCCUCCAUAUGAGGAGCCCACCAAAGAAAACACAGCUGCCUAAUCUGGUUGGGGCCUCCCCUACUGCGUGGGAGCCUGCCCCAUGGCACCUCUGGCGUCUUGCUGCCUCUCCACGCAGACUGCCCAGGGGAAUCUCCCCCCGCCCACGUACACCACGCUGGGCCGCCUGCUUCUGCCCUUUGAAUUGCCAAGUUUCUCCCCACACCCUGCCACAGCCUCUCUCGAUUGGGAUAUGUAGCCUCCUCCAGUCGCAACCAGCUCUCUUCUAGCACUUUGAUAAGAUUGCAGUGGAUUCUGUGCUGGUGUUUUGGAAUACUGUAAUUCAGUUUUAAAUGUAAGGUGUUUGGGGCAAAGACCUGCCUCCUUGUGAGCUGGUGCCCUUGUGAAAUAAAAACCAAUGAAGAGC